ACAUAGACUCUUGUGAACCACACACUCAUAUAUCACAACACAACACAUACACCCAAAUUGUGUGCAAUGGCUUCUUCUAUGGCUGCUAUAGGUGUUGUCAAAGUGCCACAUUCUUCUUCUUCUUCUUCUUCUUCAUCAAAUGUAGCAAACAAAGCCAUUCAACAAAGCAACCUCUCAUUCUCAUCAUCACACCUCUCAGGCGACAAGAUUGUAACACUUUCAGGUGCAGGAAGAGGAAGGUGCACCCGCAAGCAUGUGAUUGUUACUCCAAAGGCUGUUUCUGAUUCACAGAACUCACAAACUUGCCUUGAUCCAGACGCUAGCAGAAGUGUACUUGGGAUUAUACUUGGAGGUGGUGCUGGUACUCGUCUUUAUCCACUCACCAAGAAGAGAGCAAAACCAGCUGUUCCUCUUGGAGCUAACUAUAGACUAAUUGAUAUUCCUGUUAGUAACUGUCUCAAUAGCAACAUAUCAAAGAUUUAUGUUCUUACUCAAUUCAAUUCUGCUUCCCUCAAUCGACAUCUUUCUCGUGCUUAUGCAAGCAAUUUGGGUGGCUACAAAAAUGAAGGUUUUGUUGAAGUUCUUGCUGCUCAGCAGAGUCCUGAGAAUCCUAAUUGGUUUCAGGGUACUGCAGAUGCUGUGAGGCAAUAUUUAUGGCUUUUUGAAGAGCAUAAUGUUUUGGAGUUCUUAAUUCUAGCUGGCGACCAUUUAUAUCGAAUGGAUUAUGAGAAAUUUAUCCAAGCACAUAGGGAAACUGAUGCUGAUAUCACAGUUGCUGCAUUGCCAAUGGAUGAAAAGCGUGCAACUGCUUUCGGUCUAAUGAAGAUCGAUGAAGAAGGACGCAUAAUUGAAUUUGCUGAAAAGCCAAAAGGAGAUCAGUUGAACGCUAUGAAAGUUGAUACUACCAUUUUGGGUCUUGAUGAUGAAAGAGCAAAGGAAAUGCCUUUUAUUGCUAGCAUGGGAAUAUAUGUUAUCAGUAAAAAUGUGAUGUUAGACUUACUUAGCGACAAGUUUCCCGGUGCAAAUGACUUCGGAAGCGAAGUGAUUCCGGGUGCUACUUCCAUUGGAAUGAGAGUGCAAGCUUACUUAUAUGAUGGUUACUGGGAAGAUAUUGGUACUAUUGAAGCUUUCUAUAAUGCAAAUCUUGGAAUUACCAAAAAGCCUGUGCCUGAUUUCAGUUUCUAUGAUCGUUCGUCUCCUAUUUACACGCAGCCACGAUAUUUGCCUCCAUCUAAGAUGCUUGAUGCCGAUAUCACUGAUAGUGUUAUCGGCGAAGGAUGCGUGAUUAAGAAUUGUAAAAUUUUUCAUUCUGUGAUCGGGCUGCGAUCUUGCAUAUCAGAAGGUGCGAUCAUCGAAGAUACUUUGUUAAUGGGGGCAGAUUAUUACGAGACUGAUGCUGAUAAGAGAUUUUUGGCUGCUAAAGGCAGUGUUCCGAUUGGUAUUGGCAGAAACUCACAUAUCAAAAGAGCAAUUGUCGACAAGAAUGCUCGAAUCGGAGAAAAUGUUAAGAUAAUUAACAGUGACAAUGUUCAAGAAGCUGCAAGAGAAACAGAUGGUUAUUUCAUUAAAAGUGGGAUCGUCACAGUAAUCAAGGAUGCUUUAAUUCCUAGUGGAACUGUCAUCUAGAAGACUAAAAUUUCAUAUUUUGUAUCCUAAUGUGAGAGAGCUUGUUUUCAAUGUGAAGGGUUUAAAUAGUUCUGUUUCCACAUCUAUCAUAUAUAUGCAUGCAGCAUGAUAUAUUUAUUUUUUAUGAUAGUUGCUUGUAAAUAAUAGCAGAAGAGAGGACUCUCUUUUUUUAUUAGUCAUGUUGUAACUAUAAUCAAUUGAAUAAAAGUUGUUUUAGUGUAU